UGGGACAAGGAAGGCCUCUCGGAAGAACCAGAAGAUGUUGACCAACCAGAGAAAAGGCAGGAAAGCAAACCCACCUAAGAGAAAAAACAAACAAACUGGAAUGGGCGCGAACGGACCCCAACUCACCAGUGCAAUCUACUUCCUCCGCUUGGAAGCCUUAGCCACUUGCAAUUCCGGACGUUUGCGCGACAUACCGGUUAACUGCUCUUUUUACUUUAAGAUCGGGGCCUGCCGGCACGGGGACCGGUGCUCCCGGCUUCACAACAAACCGACUUUCAGCCAGACCAUAGUGCUGCUCAACCUGUACCGGAAUCCACAGAACACCGCCCAAACCGCAGACGGAUCGCACUGUCACGUGAGCGACGUCGAGGUGCAAGAACACUAUGAUAACUUCUUCGAGGAGGUGUUCACGGAGCUGCAGGAGAAGUACGGGGAGAUUGAAGAGAUGAAUGUGUGCGACAACCUGGGGGACCACCUCGUGGGCAAUGUCUAUGUCAAGUUUCGGCGUGAAGAGGAUGCAGAGCGGGCAGUGGCUGAACUCAAUAACCGCUGGUUCAACGGGCAGGCUGUGCAUGCUGAGCUGUCUCCUGUCACCGACUUCCGGGAGUCAUGCUGCCGGCAGUAUGAGAUGGGGGAAUGUACCCGCGGGGGCUUCUGCAACUUCAUGCACCUGCGGCCCAUCUCUCGGAACCUCCGACGUCAGCUGUAUGGGCGGGGACCCAGGCGCAGGUCGCCCCCGAGGUCCCAUACCGGCCACCGUCCCCGAGAAAGAAACCGACGACGUUCCCCAGACCACCGGCAUGGCCGCUUCUGAGACCCUGGCUCCCUUAAUCUCCACCCUUGACAGGCAUAAAUGUUCCUGGCCAGGACCCCUCCUGAAAGCUCCCUUAACCCCCCAGUGCCAUCUUCCCCAGGCUCCGGGGCUCCGUGAUGUAAUCUGUUCAACACAGGGACUUUCUCUUACCACCCCUCCCCUAAUAAAGUUCUGUAUUGAGGGUUUAGAACCUGUUAGCUUGAGCCUAGCUGUGGGCUGGAGUUACCUUCCA